CUUUUUCUUAUCUGUGGCUAGUCAUUGUAAUGGUUGAAAAUUUGACAUGUAAUAAAAUUUACGAAUUAUAUUCGUAAUAUUUUGAGUGUUUUUCUCCAAUAAUUAUGUGACUUUUCAGUUGAUUUCUUUAUUAAAACGUUUCCUAAGUGGUUUAAGUAUUGUAUCUCAUUCAUCUUUUUUAUAAUUUGGUCUUAAGAAUUAAGUGUUACAAUGGAUAAUUCUGCUAUACAAACAUUGGAGGCGGCUGCUCAGAUGUUGAUGGCACCACCACAAAUGGUGACAUCUGAGCAACGUCACCAAGCUGAGAGUGUUUUUCUCGAAUUUCGAAGCACCAAGAACCCUUAUCAACUGUGUCGAGAAAUUUUAGAGAAAUCUACAUCGGACUAUGUACUGUUUGAGGCAGCUGGUUUACUAAAAGCUGCUCUUAUUAGAGAAUGGACACUACUUUCAGAUAGUGAUGUUUGCUCAUUGCGCGAAUAUUUAUUAAACUAUUUAUUGAGAAAGGAGGUGCCACCAUUUUUAAGGGAAAAGCUUUUGCAGACAAUUGCUAUAAUUAUUAAAAGAGGCAGCAUUGAUGAUGGAGGAAGAGAGAGGAAAAAUUUGAUUGCUGAAUUAGAAAAGAUUAUCCUUAGCUCACCAAUUAGUCAGCAGAAGUUAGCCUGCUCACUUAUAUUGGCAAUUAUGCAAGAAUUCGCAAUAACAGUUAAAUCAGCUGAUGUGGGCUUAAUCUGGGAGGUCCAUUUUCGACUGAAAAAGUCUUUUGAAGCAUUAGAUUUAAAAAGGAUAUUCAGGUUUACUGUGGGAGUUCUAGAACAAAUAGUUCGGUCUGGGCAUAGGCCAGAAGGAGAACAAGCUUUACUGACAAAGCAAUUACUGACUAUUGUGGAGACUGUGCUAUGUUGGAGUCAUGUAUCUCCAUUAUUGUCGAAAAGAUUGAUUGGUGCUUUUGAAGCUAUUUAUGAAAGCGAUACCGCUCCUGCACUACGACUAAGCCUGAGCUGGCGAGAUACGAUAAUGCAACCUGAACUCCUUGCAUUGUUCUUUGAGAUACACAUGUAUGUGAGGUCCAAUCCUGACUUAGCUAGCCCGUCUCUCACGUGCUUAGUGCAGUUAGCUAGUCUUAGUGGCGUAGUGGUAUCUGCAAGUAACUUAAAACAGCAGUAUUUGGAGAACUAUGUGAACAGUUUCCUGAAUAUGAUGGCGUACAUACAGCCGGUUGAGAGAGAAAUGCUUGGGAUAUCUGAUAUAUACCGGCGAUUGAUUCAGUUCUUCGCGCCGACGAUGAUAGCUGCGACACCACCAGCGUUUCUUCAGAACUUGACAAAUCUUACAUGUCACUGUAUUAGAGGGUCGGUUAUUGAAGAAGGUGUAAACGAUGACACAGUUUGGAGAGAGUCGUUAAACAAGUUCCUUCAUAGUUGGAGCUCAUUAGUGCAUGAAUCUGAUGGAUACUCUAAUGAGACGUUAAUGAAUCCCUGUAUUGAAGUAUUCAAUACUUACCUACAGAGCCGACUGGCGCCACCUGAUGGCACAAGGCCUCCGGAUACAGAGGAAGAUAUCAAGGACGAAUUGGAAGAAGAUGAGCGUAAACUGCACAGCAAUGUACUGAUGACCAUUGGGGCCAUAGCUCGCAAGGCGCCAGCUCAUUGUUGCCAUGUCCUCUUUACAUUACUUCAGGAUCGGAGUAAACGGUUAGAAAGUCAACUCCAGUUGAUGCAUAUGGGGAAACUGCCAAUCAGUGGAGGAGGUCACUUAGUCACUCUAUUUGAAGAUCUCCACUGGAUACUCAUGAUGACAGGCCAUUUCCUUGCCGUUGACUGCACAGAAGGCGAGACUGUAAUGAUUCCUUCGGAGAUCAUUCACUUCAGUUUGAGGGAGAACGCCAAUAUCGAUGCCUCACUUCGAUACCUGGUCGGGGAAACAACAAACACUGAAAAUGUUGAUUCUGUUCUCAAGCUUAUUGGUGAAAUUAUGCGUAUAAAUGCGUGGGAAUGUGCAGCUUUGGAAGCUGGGUUGGGCAGUGUUUUCAGUCCAGAACUGUCCGCUACCAUCUCAUGGUUGCUCAAAAUAUGGGCUAACUCUUACUUGAUGCCACAGGCGUCUGUUUAUUCUGAGAUGUCCCCGAUUCUGGCGUGUGCGUUCGGGCGCGGGUCCCGCGGCGUGUCGUGGGUGGUGUCCCGGCUGGCGGGGCGCGCGGCCGCCUGCCUGCGGCACCACGCCGCGCAGCCCGCCGCCGCCGCGCAUGCCACGCAACUACUCACCACGCUCGCUCACUCACACCACAAGCAAAACCCACUAGCGACGUGUGAGGAAUUCCUUGCACUGUUGCAAUGGGAAGCGGGCGCAUGCAACUUGCCGGGAGAAUUAAGAAAGGAGUUACACAGAGCCUUCGCUAUCGCCGCUACUUAUGCCGAAGGUGAUGUCCGGAAUCGUCUGUUAUCAAGCACAGUGUCCCUGCAAGAGAAGUUAAUGAAUUUAAUAAACAUGGAGUCAGACACGGAACCUGUACGCAAUAUGCUCGCUGAUACACUCGACUGCUUUAUUGGUGUCACUGACGGCGUGCUUGAGGUGGGAACAAUGGACGAACAGUUUAUGAUGUUAAUUGGUGCCUUAGACAAGAUACCAGGGAUCAUAUUUAGAUAUCACAACUAUCCCGGAGUAGUGUUGCCAGCGUUGAACUUAUUAGCUAAAAGCGCUAAACGGAUGCUGCAUUCAGUACAACCUCAGAAUGUGAAUAAGUUCUUGGAAAUAUGUAACACGACAUUUGAAGUGUAUAUGAGGUGGAACUCUGGUAAAAUAUCAAGUAUUCCUCAAGAUGCUGAGGAAGAGGCGUAUGAGGACAUUUGCGCGUUGAUGGAGGUGAUCUGUAGCGUGGCGCGGUGCGGGGGCGCGGGCGACACUUGCGCGCGCGGCCUGCGUCUGCUGCUGCCGCUGGUGACGCCGCCGCUGCUGGCGCUGCCCGGCCUCGCCGCCGCCGCCUACCGCAUGCUGCGGGACCUCGACAACGCUGACCAGCUAACUAAUCUACCGAUAGACGACUUCAACAUGGUGGUGACAGCGCUACGCGUGGGACUUACAGCGGUGUCCUGCGACGUAUCCACUUUAUGCUGCGAUACUAUUGUAGGAUUGUCUAAUAAAGUGCGAACUCUAGGCGAUGAUAACCCAUACGCAUUGUCCCUUCUAACUCUUGCAGAGUUAUUACUCAUGCUGAUUAUUAAAGUUGAAAUACCUCCGGAUUCAAUACCUGCUGCAGGAGCCGCUAUAUAUUCCCUCACUUGCGUUAAACCAGCUCUACUAGAAGGUCUGGCGCGACAGCUCAUAGAAGCGUACGCUGUGAAUGAUCCCACUAACGUACCGCGGCUAGAGGAAGCUUUCGGCGUCCUAACAAAUGGAGUCCUCUUUGACGGCCUGAGGACUCACAAACUCAGAUUCCAAGAUAACUUUGACAAGUUCCUAGCAAGUGUACACGGUUUUCUUAUCGUGAAAUAAAAAAAUAUUUAUAGCCACCAUUUGCUGGCGAGAUAAUAUUCAAAAUAUUUGCAUAGCUUUGCCGGCGACUAACGCCUUUUACAAUCCUGUCUCAAGGAUUUGACGCAGAAAAUGCGGUUUCAACGAUUCUAUAUUAUCGUUAUGUACUGAAAGAGAACCAAAUUGGUGCAAAUGUUGUCUUCAGUUUUGUUUUGCAAGCGCGAUUGUUGCGACUCGAAUGUUUGAUAUAUCAAAUAGUUAAGUUUAUUGUUUUAAAGUCCUUCCCUGGGCUGUGUCAAAUGUAAACACUAUUGUGUCUAGAUUAUAGUUUGUUAUGACUUAUGACAUUUUCUUAAGUGCCAUUAGGAAAAAUGCAAUAUUGAUUUCGUAAAGUUGUUUUGAAGAAAUAUUAUGGCCUAAGAUUGCACAGGGUGCUGUCGUUAAUUGACUGUACUGUCCUUAUGCAAUAUUAUUUCGUAAAUUGAAAUAAUUUUAAUUUUAUAGUUUUGACGCUUGUUCUGCAAUCUUAUGUUCACAACGAAGUUAGUAUGGAUUUAUAAAUGUGGUUGUGAAUGAAAAUGCAGAAGAUUUACUGUGGUAUUAUAUAUUUCGUAGGUAUAAAUGAUGAGUACACUUUUAGUACUUAUUGCUAGUUAGAGAAAUUGUGAUUUCUAUCGAGCUGAGCACUCAAUUAUUAUUGUAAGAGGAAGGUCCUUAGCACUUUUAUAUUUAUUGCAGGUUUUACUCCGUCUUUAUAUUAAAUUAGUAAACAAAUUAAAUAUUGUCUUCUUGUCAACUUGUUCUUAUAAAAUGUAGAUAAUAUUGAACUUUGUCGUAUAAACUUGAAAGCUUACAAUUUAAAAAUACAUUGUUGUGAAAUUUUCAAUUUAAUUUAUAAUUUUUUAAGUGUAGGUACUUAAUAAGUACAUUUUUUUAUUCUUUAGUCUGUUACAUUGAAAUUAAUGAGAGUCAAGUCCUAAGAUUUACUUGUUCAAGAAUGGUUUAGUUAUAAUAUUUAAUUAGAAUAGUAAAUUUUCCUAGCUGAUCAAAGAAUGCAGCGUUUUUUGAUGGUCCUAUCAGAUAAAAUAUAAUUAUAGAAACAUUUGCUCUUUAUGAAAUAACAUUUUCUUAUAAUGUUAAAAAAUAUAUUUUCCUGUACACCUGUUGACAAAGUAACUUUAGAAUCCACCUAGUUAUUUAUUUUUGUAAAAUAUAAUACUAGAUUCAGUUACAUUUCUUAAAAUAGUAAGUAUUAAAACUAUGCUUAUAUGAUGCCAAUAUGAAUAAUGUGUUUAAUUAUUAUUUUACUAAGUUACUUUUUGUUUUACAUAAUCAGACAUAACCUACAUAUGAAUGAAGAAUAUUUAUUGUACAGAACAUAAUUCCGAGGUAUUCUAGUGAUCUGUAUAUUUAUAGGGAAAAAACAUAUUUUCUUAAUAUAGAAAAGAAAUACAUUAAAAAGAAUACAGAUACAAUUUCCUUAAAUUAAAUUGUAAGUGCCCUAAAGCCUAUUAGAACAACCUUUAUAUAAUUUGUCUUUAUACAAUACUGUUACUGAUAUCAUUAGAAAAGCUUGGAUUUUAAAUACAUACUUAUUUGACUUCAGUUUCUUCAUAAAAUUCAUGGUAAAGAUUCUUUAAUUUCGAAAAAAUGUUUCUACCCAUUGUUUUGUAAACCUUUAGCUAGGAGACAUUUUGUAAAUACUCAAAACAUGUUUUAAUACCUUUGAUGGGUGCAUAAGUCUUCUUUUUGAAAUUGUCAGUAUCAAUUUAAUUAAAUUGUACAAAUUUUAUAAAAUUAUAGUAUGUUUCAUUUGUAGUUUUAGAAACCUU